AGCAGUUCGCAUCGCCCGGCGCAGCUCCGCGUCUUUUAACAAAUCCAUCCGAUCUGUCAAAGGUAUAACGUCUCGAGGCGGCAUAUGACAUUCCUGUUGCUCCGGGGAAGGCGCUCGAGGAUCGUGUCGGUGCAUCGCCUAAGAAAAAUUCGGAGCAUUCGAAGAAUCCGUCAACGUCCUCGGCAGUCGAUGAUGCGAGAUACCCGAGGAAGGAAACCAUUCCUCGAGAUUUCUUUAACGGAGUGUCCGCGCAGAAGCACGUUGUUAACGAAAAGCGAUUACAGCCCGGAAAGGAAGAUCACUUCGACAUCUUAUUCGCACCUGGAUACGCUGCUCUCACUGUUCCAACGUCUGGAAUAAUUAUAAAAUAUUUCCGCCGAUUUUUCCUCUGGAUGGAAAUUAAUAAUCGACAUGACGUAUUUUGAUUAGACAAACACCGCUCUCUGUCCAAGAAUGUAAAAUGACUUCGACAUCUUACUCAUCCCCGGAAUGAGUGAACACUUCGGCCACGUUAUUUUAGCAUCCGGGGUAAUUCCUCUCGAUUUUUAUCCAGGACGGAAAUUAAUAUACAAUAUGAUGUGUUUUAAUCGGAUGAACGCCACUCGCAGUGACACGGUAUACAAAACAGAUGUACACGUAUGUAUAUGCAUUUGGCGCGGAAUUCAACCGAGUUUCUCGAUGACUUCGACAUUCUGCUCAUCCCUGGCUGAUUUUCUCAUUGGAUGGAAACUAAUCGCAGAUAUGAAGAGCUCCGAUCGGACGAGCGCCGCUUCCGGUGUUCCGGAAAAGAGAACAUUUUUUCCGUGGGCAUGAAGAUUGAUCGCGCACCGAAAUACACAAUGGAGACAAUAUCUGAUGAUGUUACACAGAAGGGACGUUAAAGCGAUAAAAAUGAAUCGGGACGUCGGUUAGAUUUCCAGAGGUCGUUAAUCAUCGCCGGGAGGAACCCGAGGAGCCUGUCUGGCAAUAGCGACGAUCGAGUGAUAUUUGUAACGAUCAAACCGUUCGAUUGGAUUAAUCGACCUUGUAGCGUGCAUCCAUAAACCUGGUGAACAUUUGUGAACAUUUGUGAACAUUUGUGAACUCGGUCCUCCUUGGGGAAAGUCGAGUAAUACCCGAAAACGCGGAUAACUGAACGCUGAAGUCGGGAGUUCCUUCGAUGAAAGUUCUCCAUUUUGUCGUAAACGUUCCUUUUCUCUUCGAGGGAACAUCCAGGUGCUUCGAGACACUCAUUCUCUCCACGAGGGGACAGAGUCGUCGAGGGAGGCGGAAGAAGAAGAAGGAGCCCCCGAAGAAUGCAACCCUGCACGAGGAGGAAGAGGAAAAGAAGGAGAGUCUCCGCCUCUCUCUCGCGUCCUGGGCCUUUGAAGAGAACUCGAUGAGCCUCCUCGAUGACCAGCACACCCCGAAGAGCGGAGCGACGAGCCCGCUCCUAGGAUCUCCAGGCCGAAGAAUCGACCUUACCGAGUGGACGAGUCGAAGCGAGUCAAGCCGAAGAUCAUCGAGGAAUUUGAAAAGAGGAUUUUAAAAGGGAUCCUCGCCAUGAAGAGCACCCAGAAGACCCUUUUGUCCUGCCUGGCGACCGUCUUGCUCGCCCUGGACCUCGUUCUGGCAGCGAACGACACUCUGGAAGAGUACGACGAGGACGAGAUGGACGACUACCGCAGGAACAACUGCACCAACGACUAUUGCAUCCCUGACGAGGACUAUUUCGUCCUGAUGGAGGAGCACAUAUUCCCGGACUCGUACGACUGGGUCUUCAUCACGUUGCACAGCGUCGUCUUCGUGGGGGGUCUCGUCGGCAACGCGCUGGUCUGCUUGGCCGUCUAUAGGAACCACUCGAUGAGGACCGUCACCAACUACUUCAUCGUCAACCUGGCCGUGGCCGAUCUGCUCGUUAUCCUGAUCUGUCUGCCACCUACGGUCGUCUGGGACGUCACCAAGACCUGGUUCCUCGGGCUCGAGCUCUGCAAGGCCGUGCCUUACCUUCAGUCUGCAUUCUGUAGAGACCAGCCGAUAUUUUCCGGCAAUAUGGCGGCGAACAACAAGAAAGAAGAUAUGAGCGAGGGUCGAGGGGGUGCAUUUGAUAAAAAUGAAAAGGAUGAAAAGGGCGACGGGAAAGCGCAAUAG